GCGUUGUGUUUGACUUGACACUCGUCGGUUUUCAGCGCAGCAUGCAGCUUGGUUUCCCGGACAGCUCCGUCGCCACCGCGUCACGACACCAACAGACAGACCUCCAGGAGGAGAGCAAACACAGGCCAUGGUGACAGUCCUGACCGCUGGGACUGUCCAGGAGCAUGGAUCUGUGUCCCACAUUCAAACACUGGACAGCGGAUUAUCUGAUCGGUAUUUACCCGUGCCCGUGCAGAUGAGCUUGCGCUGGGUUUGCUUUAUGCUUUUCCCCCCCAUUUAAACCGACUGAUAAUUGGCUGAGUUAACGCCUGUCCUUUAAACUCCUCUUGGAUGCUUGUGUUGGAGGGCUGCACGCUGCGGAUUCAGAUCCAGAUGGCGAUGUUACUCUGAGUAGAUACAGUCUUUUGAUGGGUCUCUGAUGAGUGAUCUGAUGAUUCCCCGCUCUGCUGGCAGGACCUCAGCGUAAGUGAUGAUGUGCAAAUGCAACUGAAAUAACGCUGAAACGUGCAGCUGCGCUCACUGUUGGAACGCAGGUGGCCUGUUAAGGAGGAAUUUCUGCCAGGAAGCUUUUAAUGUCGUUGACUAUGCGUAAUUAAACCAGCCAAGUGUCAUUUUAGGUUUGCCUUUGUUGUCACUGCCUCCUCUUGGUCAUAUGAGAUGAUCCGUUAUUCAUCUUCUGCCUAGGAAACAAGGCAACAAAUUUGUGCUGAAUUAACAUUUAGGCGUGUGAUUUCCAGGUGUCAGCCUUCUCCUGAGGUAGGAGCUUCUUUGUAGGCCUGUUCCUGACACCCAGUAGCCAUGGAUCCCCACUCAGAAUAUGUUGUGUUCCUUGACCGGAUCCUGGAAGAGCUUGAUAUUAAGCGGAACACCAUGUCCUACCAGAACCUGUGCAAGUAUCUGUGUGCUCGCUUUGAUCUGGUGCACUUGGCCAAGCUCCGCAACCUGCUGUUCUACAUGGCUUGCCUGGAUCCUGCCUUCCCAGCCACCCUCUUCAAGGACAAGAUGCGCUGCUCCAUGGAGGACCCACAGUCCAAGAAGCUUAUGGUGGCAGCAGACAUUGUUACCAUGUUUAACUUGAUCCAGAUGAAUGGAGGAAUAGCCAAAGACAAGCUCCCCAUGAUGCACAGAGACAAGUUUCACAAGAACCAAUCAGUGGAGCUGUGUACGUCUGACAAUGAUACCUUUGAGCAUCAAGACUGUGACAGAGGGAUUGGUUUUGAGCACACGAAUGACCCCAGGGACGGCCACCAUCACCAUCAUCAUCACCACCACCCCCAGCAGCACCCUGUGACUCAGAGUGCUCCUCCGUGUCCCAAACCAUCUGAGUGCAACAACCGCCAGCAGUUUAUUCCCACCUCAGACCCCAAUUUCCUUCUAGGUGUCAGCAAAGACCUGUCAUGUAGAGCAGCCUCUCUGGACAAACUGCAUCAUCUGCCUCAGUACUCUGGCACCAGUCCACCUCCACCACCCUGUGAAAUGCAGAGCACGUACUUUCCCAUGGACAUAGACAGUGAAUCCACUAUUGAGCAGGAGUCCCUACAGCACAUAGGCCAUCCGGAGCCCUUCUCUGUUCACUCCUGCAUCCAGAAGAGGAACAUUUUUAAGGAGGACUUUCGCCACUUUGCGUCCUUCUCACCACAGGUCAUCACUGAGGGAAAACAGGCCAGUAAAGCUGCUGACAGCUACCAUAGAAGGGAGAUGCACAAGCCUGCUACCUUUUUCAACCACAGCUUCGAGCUGCCCUACAGUAAUCCCUAUUUUGAACCAACUCUCAACUCUCCACUUCAAGACAGACAGAGGGUGAAGCAUGAGAGCCUAGAUGACUUACAGGCAUCUACAUACUUCGGUCCAACCACAGUCUCUAAUUGCAUCAGCAGCAGAAAGCACAGUAACAAAGCAGGGAAGCAGUCAGCGUGGCCUGUCAAAAGCCUCAGUCUUAACACAGAUGAAGGACCGCCAGACUUUGAGAGGCCUUUUUUGGACAAAAAACCACUCAAAGAAAGCCACCAUUGCAACAUCAGCAUCAUCGACACUGACAGUGGACAGCAUUUUCACAGCCCAAAGGAAAAGGUUGUAGCUUCUCCUGGCUUUCCGAAGAAGAGCAAUGGAAUUAAAACAAAGGAUGUAGCACUGAUGGCAAGUGGACCUGCAGGUAUGGAAAAAAGAGAGGCAGCCAAAAUGUUUAGGGACAAAAAAAUGAGCACUGCAUCUUUUCAGAGAGGAGACAGUUCUUCUAGUGUUGGGACUCAAACAGAACAGGCUGAGCAGAAGAAGCUGAAGCAAUAUCCAUCGAAGUACAGUGACAGAGAAAGACAAGCCUUCAAACACUCUGAUGAGGACUCUGAGAUUGUUAGUGAUGACAUAAGUGACAUUUUCCGUUUUCUGGAUGAUAUGAGUGUUUGUGACUCUUUGGGCAUUGUCCAGCCAUCAUGUUACAACAGUAAUGGGUCUCUCUCUCAGGUAACACUAAAGUCUGAAGGUGACAGCUCCCCCGAACGCAACACUAUCAAACUAGCCAAGGUCCAGCUGGAUCGCCUUUUCCAUUCACUGGAAAACACGGAUGAUGAGCUCAAAUCAAGUGUGUGUAAGCUGGUGAUGAGAAUCGGUGAGAUCGAAAAGAAGCUGGAGUCUCUGUCAGGGGUUCGAAGUGAGAUCUCCCAAGUACUCUCAAAGCUCAACAAGCUGGAUGAGAAGAUCCAGGAGCCCGAGGCCAAUGGGAGGCAAGGCGAUACAGCAUCAGCAUCCGGGCCCAGUGCCACCCAGGACACACCUCACCCACAUCCACAUUCCGACAUCACCCUCUCACCUCAAAUUUUCCAGUGCCACACCACUGGUCACAAUGUCAAAACGGACAGUGGCCACAUUGGGGAGUGGUGCUGCUCAGAUGGGUGUAGUAGCAAUAGCCUCAGGAUGAAGGCUCUGAAGAAGAACAUGUUCAUCAGAAGGUCGUCCCGCUCACUGAACGAGGAGAACAGUGCCACGGAGUCAAAGGUUGCCAGCAUCACCAACUCUCCACGGGACUGGAGGACUGUGUCCUACUCCUGCCACCCUGGGGAUGAGAGCAGGGAAAAUGACAGAGACCGAGAUGGCAAGGACAGACAUCGAAAAGUCAAAGAGGCAGAGCGAGAGCGUCAAUAUCAGCUCCCACAGGUGCAACGUCCCGCAAAACCAUCAAAGGAGUCCUACCUGGUUGAACAGGUUUUUUCGUCACACCCCUUCACCCCCUCCAUCAAGGCCCAUGUGAAAGGCAGCCCCCUGUACACUGAUCUAAGGCUCACCAGCCUUUCAGAUGGCAAGCGCUGUCAGCCAUCCUGGACCAUCGAGGAGUAUAAGCGCAAGUCAGGAGAGAAGGGAAAGCAGCUUACAGCUCUGGACCUGCAGACCCAGGAGUCCCUGAACCCCAACAACCUGGAGUACUGGAUGGAGGACGUAUACACACCAGGGUAUGACUCCCUGCUCAAGAGGAAAGAGGCAGAGUUCAGGAGGGCUAAGGCAUGUAAGAUUGGAGCACUGAUUGCAGCUGCUACUUGCACUGUGAUCCUCGUCAUUGUUGUACCAAUUUGCACCAUGAAGUCAUGAGAGUAUCAGGAUGGAGUGGCUCUAAACCACAGAUACAACACUUCUAUUGUUGACUGGAUAACAUGUUGGGACUCGUCAGUCUGAGGUAUUUUGUUUCAAUGCAGUAUUUACUUCUGAUGGUCUCUCUUGCCAAUAUAAAAAUAAUUACCUUAGCUAUUGUAUGAAUUCAGCAAGUGCAUAAUAUAUAAUGUCUAUCUAUACAUUUAACAGUUAUAGUUAAUUGUGAUAUUAUAAACUGUUUAGGACAGUUGGACUAUCAAUGAUUAAACUGUCUGUCUUUACUGUGACAGAUGGUCACAGAAAUAAAUUGGUUUUAUUAUUUUAGCCAACAUACAAUGACGUAUGAUAUUGUAUAUAUUUUUAUUUUUCGUAUAAUUACUGUACAGUGUAUUUUGAUCAAAGUUAUUUUUGAUGAAUUGUCUGGUUGAAUGUAAAAUUUAUCUUUAUCAAUAACAGCAAGCAUUUUGAGUAGUGAAAUUUGUGCUACACAUUUUUCUAAAUAGAAAUAUCUAAGUACCUUAGUGGAAGUAGAAGUAUACUUGUACAUAGAAUGCAGAAUGACUGUACAGCCAAACUGAAUGUACCGAUAAAACUAGCCAACACAUGUGGAAAGGAAUGACUUGAGAAUUAACUUGAAUGUUGCUGCUCUCUCCUCGUUUUUCCGAAAUGUAUGCAGGCAACAGCACAUACCUGCUCCUUUUACUGAAAUAGUAGCUUUCUUCAUUUCUUUUUACAUGUUUGCUUGAUGAAUACUUGAACUUUUAAACCACUGUUUUAGCUCGCCAGGCUCACCUGCAAAGAUUUCAUCGGCUCAACACUAUUGAUUCAACCAUCUUCCCACACUGCUGGAACUGAAGUGAAAAACGUCCUGCUCACUUUGGGUUUCUUCAUCCUUUCAUUGCUGCAGUCUCCUACGAUACAUUAAAUUCCAAACACUUCGCUGGGUGGCCUGAUAGCCAAGCCGUUAGAGUACAUAUCACACAGGUACAAAUACCCUGAGCAGCGACUCCCUGGUUUAAAACCUGGGUGGGGUGACCAUUUGCUGCAUAUUCUAUGCCUGAACUGUUUCCAUACAUUUUUCCACUGCCACUAUCAAAUAUAGACUUCAAAUACCUCACUAUACUUACUACAGUAUCUUCCAAAAAAACCCAAACACUUCAAUAGCCAAACUAUCUUAACUAUUAUUAUCCCCAUUUGGUUCCCAGACGACCCUGAGUUUAGGGUUAGGGUUAAGGUUAUUAACCCUUUGAUGCUCAGUGUGGGUCAUUUUCCAUUGGAUUGACUCUGUCUCUGUAGACUUGGUGAUGUAUUGAACAACUAUUGAGCCUGAAGAAUCAUCAUCAAAUGACAAGAUACUAUCAGGCUCCUGCUAGCACAUCAAAGCUGUCCUUGCUGACUGCUAAGAUAGUUUCGUUUACGUGAGAUGAUUUCGAAACUUUCCCCUAAAAGCCAUGUACAAAUUGAACCCAUGCCAAUCCUUAUCAUAUGCCUUUCAGUAAACAUAACAAUGAUGUAGAGAUGGUUCCGGUUUAGAUGUUAAAUAUAAACCAUACCAAUCCACCGUUUGUAAUGACGAGAGAGCGAAUCCAGCUGUAAGCACAGAACAUAUGGUUUUUUGUUUCUUUUUCUCUCAUGGUUAACCAUCUACUACGUCGGAUUGCCUUCAGCACUGGGAAUGUGAGCUGCAGCACACUGUCAGAGUAUGUAAAUAGUUUCAGAUUGAAGGUAAAUUGUGGGAGCAGGUGUUAAAUGAAACAUUACUAUAAUAAAAACUCAUUGUUCGACUGUUAA